AUGGCUGCAGCAUCGGACGAUAGUUCUCCCUCCUGGGUCGGACUGCGUGCCCGGAUAGGCACCAACCUGGUCACCGUCCGAUGGGGGCCAGGAGUGCUUCAAGCGCCUGCAAAGCCUGGGGAGGCUGGCUAUACUGACCAGGCAAACAAGCCCGGGCCCGAGUCCGUGGAAGUCGUGGGGGUUGAAUACGACGAGGCGAGUCGAAGCUCCAGGUCGGCUCUGAAGAUGUCGAUGUCCUGCCUGCAGCAAGUCUUGGCAGCAGGGAUCGCGGUCCUCAUCACAGUGCUGGAUAAUUUCCCAUACGGUUUCCUGGUCUUCCCUAUGGCGCACGAACUCCAUGGUGUGGGGGUUUCAAUGGUGCUGCUGUCCGCAGCCGUUGCCCAAGCAGUCUUUUCCUGUUCAUCGAACUUACCCGAAGGCCUUGGAUGCAUGAUCGUCGAAAAUAUACCGAUGUUGCACUCAAUGGCCCUGUCGGUGACCACGUCCUUGGCAGAAAGACCUGACAUGAUUCUGCCCACCACGCUUGCCUUAUAUGCGGCUGCAUCUCUCGCGACGGCCGUUGCCUUCCUACUGUUAGGCUAUUUUGAGCUAGAGCGAGUUUUCAUGAUUUUGCCAAAGCCUGUCUUGAUGGGCUGCAUUGGUGGAAUGGGUAUUUACAUCAUGGCAGCAGGCGUGGAAGCCAGUACUGGCAUAAGCUGGGCAUGGAGCAAAGCCGUGUUUCUGGAUCAAGCAAGGCAGUGGCCCAAAAUCCUUGUCUUGCUGGUGCUAGAGCUUUUGCUCUUGAGCUGUCUUCGGCUCGCCCGGGGUCGGGACUGGGAAUCCUCUGUGCUUCCACUUUUCUUCUUGGGCCUGGUUCCAGCCAGUUGGAUGGCCUUGUCCGUGGCUGGCUACUCACAUGAACUGGCGCAGGAGGAUGGUUGGAUUUUCAACGAUUUUCCAAUGCUGACUACUUACCAUUUCCAAAUGCUAAGAUUGGAACUCGUUGCUUGGGACGUUUUCCCAUAUCAACUACCCCUACUGAUGGGCAUCGUAAUUUUCAGCUGCCUGCAUGUUCCUGUAAAUGUGCCGGCCCUUGCUCAAGCCACUGGGCGGGAGGUGGAUGUCAACCGUGAAUUGGCCGCACAUGGCAUCGCAAACUUAAUUGCCGCCUGCCUUGGCACGCUUCAGAAUUACAUGGUCUACUCAUCAAGCCUGCUGUACUUCAAGUGUGGUGGGGGCUCCCGGAUAACAGGCUUCAUCGUGUCACUGGUCGUCCUGAUGAUAAUACCCUUGGCCAGCUCAGUGAUUUCGUUCCUGCCCCGGGUCCUUGCAGGCGUGUUGCUUAGUCACCUUGGUGUCGAGCUCGUUUGGGAAGCACUUGUGGAGACUUGGCCCACUCUAGAUGUGCUGGAGUACAUCAUUGCCGUCUCCAUCGCGUGUAUUUGCACCAUCAGUUUCAUCUACGGCCUCUUGAUCGGCUUGCUUUGUGCCUGCAUCGCUUUCGCAGCACAAGCAGCGCGCUCUGAUCCCGUUCGCUUCGCCUUUCAUCCAGGCCGCGGCGUGCGGUCUCGAAAGUUGAGAAGUCAGUUGGAACUCCGGAUCCUCGAAGACUUUGACAACAGGGGUGGCUUCAUGGUGCUGCGCCUUCAUGGCGUGCUCUUCUUCGGUAACACCCACUCCUUACCGAAGAGGGUGCAGGACAUCCAGUGCAAGGCUUUGAUUCUGGACUUUGCGCAGGUGGUCUCUAUUGACUCGUCGGCAUACAGUCAGCUGAACGCUUUGGCUACAAAUUUGCAUGGCACGGGCAUCGAGCUGCUUUGUAGCGGCCUGCAGCAUGCAGCAAUGCACAAGGUGCAAAGGUACCCUCAACUUCAUGCUGCCAGCUUCUUUUCUGACAUGGAUUCGGCAGUUCAAAGAGUGGAGGAGAUUGUUCUGACCCUUGCCGCGUCGGCUCCGCCUCCGAGCCUGCUGCGGCCUUGCCCGGGCUCGGCGCGAGCUGCUCCAUGGGCCGCCGAAGCCUCCGAGGCGGACGAAGUCUUCUUUGACGAGGUCUGCAGUUGCCUCUUGGAGCCCCUCGGUCUCCUACAGCCUGAGACUAGCAGAGCGCUUCGAGGCUUCUUCGAGUUCCAGCGUGCCGGAGAAGGGACUGUUCUGUGGAACCCCGGAGACUCUUCGGAUUUCGCCUUCCUGCUGGUGAGUGGACAUGUUGGUGUUCUGGAUGACUACUGCGAUCGAGUUGGAGCAGAGAGCGGUCGGAAUUUCGUGGAGUGCAGCGUGCGAGGGCAGUUUACCGGCGAGCUAAACCUGUUCACGGGCGAGUCUCGCAAAAACCGAGUCGUUGCAACUGAAGACCUCUCCAUGUGGACCGUGACCCGGAGCAGCCUGCUUCGAAUGCGGCAAGAUGCGCUGCCGCUGGCCUUUGCUUUUCAAGGCAUUGCGCUGCGCUAUGCUGCGCAUAGGAUGUACCUGAGCAUGCUCGACGGUCAUGAAGGACUGGGCAAGCACAGUGGCACCUACCAGGGCAAGACGCUUUUCACUUGUCGGGAUGGUCACGGCAGCUUUGCAAAGGUGGAGAAGCUUGAGCUCGGUAUGCCUAUUCAGCGAGCCAUUGCAGAGAAGUACUUUGCAGCGGCGUUGCCCGAGGCAGCCAAGAAGAGCACACGACAAGAGACGUUAGAUGCCAUGGACUACAUGGACUCCAAGGGCAGGGAGAAGUCCAUGUCGGUGGAGUUUGUUGGUCGCUAUGACAUCGAGCAGCGUCAGCAGCGCCUCGAGGGAUUUGUCGAGAUGUCCUUGGCUGAGAGUGCCCUGGCUUCACGCUACCCUGACGAAAUCUGGUCGGGUGACUGGAGCCUGCCCAACCUGAAGAGCCUUUGGCUGGACAAAACCCUGAUCUGCGAGUGGGCUGACGUCGCCGCCAUUUGCGAGCUGUGUCCGAAUCUGGAGUGGUUAUCUCUCUCGAGGACCCGGCUGAGAGCCUGCCAGCCAGGGGCACUGCCUGCUCCGGCUCACGCACCGAAUGGCAUGUCAGAUCGAUUGGUCUUCAAACCUUUCGUUUGCAAAGUUCGGACCCUGAUCCUGAACGGUACGGGAAUUGCCUGGUCGGAUCUUCUCGCAGUCGAUGCUCUGGGCCUCUUCCCACAGCUGGAGCAUUUGCAUCUUUCCCAGAAUUCUUUGGAGGAGGGCAUCCCGACUACACUCGGCGAUGCAGAGGGGAACGGCGAUGCGCUUGUGCGCCGCUUGCAGAGACUUCAGUCGCUGGUUUUGGACAACAACCGCAUUUCGGACUGGACGGUUCUGCGCCGUGCGAUUGCUGCUUUUCCUUCCCUGCAGGCCCUGCACCUGAAUGGCAACCUGCUCGGCGAAAGCAUCGAGGGUCUGUCUCAAGCUGCGGCCGACCAAACGCCAAGGCGCCUUACAGCACUUUUCCUGAACGAAAACAAGUUGGCCUCCUGGCGGAGCAUCGGUGCGCUCGCCAGCUACGCCCUCCUGGAGCUCAAGGUGCAACGAAUCCCUCUCACCGAUUCGGGAUCUCCACUUGCCUCUCCGAUGCUGCUGCGACAGGUGCUUAUCGCACUCAUGCCAACGCUCAUGCGGCUCAACGCUUCUGAGGUAACCGUGAAGGAGCGGACGGCUGCAGAGAGGUACUUCCUGUCUAUUGCUCAUCAGACUGACAGCCUGCUGGUGCAGGGACUGGCGGAAUCUUGCAACAUCCAAGAGCAUGUUGAGAGAUUACGUGCAAUCCACGGUGCGGUAGUCGGUGGUGACAUCACCGAGCACUCGCAAGCUUCGCGAUCCGCACUGUCGAAUGCCUUAGUGGAGGUCACCUUACGACCGGUGGGCGCAGCCAUCGUGGAGAAGCCUGUAACACGAAAGAAGGUGCCGCACACCAUGACGGUGGGAGAGCUGAAAAGACUGGCACAGCUUCUCUUCAAGCAGGUGCCUCUGGAUAGGCUGACGCUGACAUUGGCAGACGACGGGCUACCCUUUGGGGUGCCACUUGAUGAUGAGGCCAGGGAGCUCGGUUUCUUCGGAAUCGGAGACGGAGCUGAAAUCCGUGUGGAUGAUUCUGCAGACAUUCCGCCCCCAAAGACAUGA